GUGGUGGGGGGGAAGAGGAGCCGUGGCCCGUCUGUCCCUUGCCAGGCCGUUCCCUCGCCCCGGCGCUCCCCUGGGCUGGGAGGGGGCGCAGGGCCGGGGCCUGUUCACCCAUCCUAGAGCUGCUGUAACGCGUUCCACCGUGCUCUUCCCUUUCCCUGAGCCUUCGCUCACGCUUGCUUUGCUGUCCACGUUCCCCUCAGAACCCACAAAGUGCCAGACUUCUUCAUACCCCCAAAGGGGUGGUUUCUCUUUAAUCUCAUGGUCACUAACGCGGGAUCCUGACAAGCGCAAACAUCCCCACAUCGUGGGAUUUGCAGAGAAAGUGUGAGGUCUGGGGACGCUGUGCCUGUGUCAGCCCCUGGAAUCCGCCCGUGAGGCUCCAGAGGAAACCCCUGCCCACGAGGAUCCGCUGCCACUCGCGAUAAAACCCCCAUGUGCUUUGUAUCCGACAGCAGCAUCCGUUGGGAAGGCAGAGAGGAUGCUGCCUGCUGGCUGCCUGUGCACCGCUCCGGGGGCAGCGGGAAGCUGCGUGCCUGGGAAGUGCCCGCAGGCAGGAGUGUCUGAGCACAUGGUAGUGGUUUCCUCCAUGGAGAAUCCAGCAAGUUUUCUUGGGAAAGGUGGGGGUAAAGGGUGCAGUGUGUGGGUCUCAGUGCAGGUGACACUAGGCUUGUGUCCCAGCAGGAAGAUCACAGCAUCCCACCUUGCUUUCUGGGGCUGGUUGGGAAUAGCUGCUGCUGGCUUUGCUCUUCAGCAUCACCGACAGAGUGGAAUAUUCCACUGGGUAGCAGAAAUGCCAUUCCCAGCCAGCGUGCUGAGGUGUGCUGCCUCCCCGGAGAUGCUCUCUGCCUGCGCCUCUGUAAAUCAGUGCUGCCCGAAAGCCCUGGGGAGCGCUGACUGGUGCCUCACUGCUGGGGUUUUAUGGAGGCUCACAGUGGUUUUGCUUUUCCCUCUUGCCCCGGGCCUCAGAGGCAAGUGUGCGUGAGCCCUGCUUUGGUGAGCCAGGAGGGGAACGGGGCAGGGGAGCGGGACAGGCCACUGCAUCCAGCUCUGGGGCCCCCAACAUCAGAACGACAUGGACCUGUUGGAGCGGGUCCAGAGGAGGCCACGAAGAUGAUCCGAGGGCUGGAGCCCCUCUGCUGUGAGGACAGGCUGAGAGAGUUGGGGGCGUUCAGCCUGGAGAAGAGAAGGCUUCGGGGAGACCUUAUAUAGUGGCAUUUCAGUACUUAAAGGAGGCCUACAGGAAAGCUGUGGAGGGACUUUUUAUCAGUGUGUGUACUGGCAGGAUGAGGGGUAAUGGUUUUAAACUGAAAGAGGGGAGAUUUAGAUUAGAUAUUAGGAAGAAAUUCUUUACUCUUGAGGCUGGUGAGCCUCUGGCCCAGGUUGCCCAGAGAAGCUGUGGCUGCCCCAUCCCUGGAGGGGUUCAAGGCCAGGUUGGACGGGGCUUGGAGCAACCUGGGCUGGUGGGAGGUGUCCCUGCCCAGGGCAGGGGGCUGGAACUAGAUGACCUUUAAGGUCCCUUCCAACUCUUAACCAUUCUGUGAUUCUAUGCAAAGCCCUUUAUUAAGCUGUUACGCAGUGAAAUGUCCCCACGGCGCCUCCCUGGCACCUGAGACCUUCCUUAUGGCUCCAGACGGUCUCCCCCGGUGGGACCCCCAUCCUGAGGCGGGGGAUGAGCCGGAGUCUGCUCUUGCUUUAUCCUGCUGCAGAAAAAAAAAAAAAGUCCUCCCUCCCUUUCCCUUCCCCUCCCCGCCCCGUUACCCCGCGGGCCGGGCCGGUCGGGCGGGGCCGGGCGGAGGCUCCCUCCCCCGGCGAGGAUCCUGCCGCCGCCGCUCGACGGAGCCGGAGCCGGAGCCGGGCAGCGCCGCAGGAUGGACCUCUCUGACCCUACAGAUCCCGCCGCCCUCCCCACGCACAUCCUGGACAUCUGGGCCAUCGUCUUGAUCAUCCUGGCUACCAUCCUCAUCAUGACGGCUCUGGUGCUCUGCCCGGCCACUGCCGUCAUCAUCUAUCGGGUACGGACUCACCCCACACGCAAUGGCAUCGUGUGAGGCGGAGGCGACGAGGGACGGCCAGCUUGCCGGGCAGGGGGCCGCAGCCAUGGGAUCCCAUACUGGGGACCCUGCAGAGCCCGGUGGGGCAUCCCGAGAGCUGGGGAGAGAUGGGCAGGAGCCGGGGUGAGCCAGCACCCAGACACCUGCCCUGUACCUGGCUCUCACCGAGUGAACUCGCUGCCUCCUAUUUACCCCCCGUGCUCACAGGGACUGUCGGGGAGAUGGUGGCCCUGGCACCGGCAGGGAGAUGUCUGACUUUACAGACGUGUCCAGCUAGAAACAACUCGCUCCCAUGAGGCAGGCGGACUGGUCUCGCCUUCGCUGGCGACCCCAUCUUUUCCAAGGCAAGCAGCAAGGAGUGGAAAUGCCCGGCAAAGUUAUUCCUUUUUUGGAGGCCCAGCUGUUGGGGUGAUUGGGAAAGAAGGGGCAAAGCAAGACGCAUGUGGCUUCUGGUUGUGCAUUUGGAGACUCGGCUAAAAACAUCGGUGACGGAGCCCAUCCUGGCUGCACAGCAGAUGUGCAGCUGGCACCGGCUUCUCCUCCAUCCAAUAUCUGCUGAAACUGUAGGAAAACAUUAUGGGGUGCUCGGUUCCUCUGAGUCUCGUAAGACAGAGGAGCGUGGGCAGCUCCUGCCAGCACACCAGCCCCAUUGCGGGGGGGUCUGUGCACCCCUUGUCUGGGCAGGCAAAGCCGGGCGAGCAGGGGGUUUGUGCCCAGGCAGUGGCAAUGGACCAUGUAAGCGCUUAGAUUGCCCCUUGCUGUGAAAUA